UUUGUUCGAUAGCUAAACAGCUGCUUUUUCGAAUUUUUGGCGACAAGUUCAAAGUCUACGUCGUAAAACAAUGUAAAUUCUGUUUUUAUAUAUUUUUAUUGGUUUUUGGAGUUACAUUUUUUUAAUAUUACAAUUCUGCCUUUCAACGACUUCCUAAGAGACAACAAUAAAAGUUGUUAUUUGUUGAUUUUAUGUGUAGUUUUCUUUUGUGAUAAAAAGUAAUUCUGUAGAAAUGGCAGCAGUCAUACCAGCUGUAACCAAACUGUCGAACAGGAUAAUACGGAUCCUAGGAUGCAAUCCUGGACCCAUGACUCUUCAAGGAACCAAUACCUACCUUAUUGGGAGUGGCAAGAACCGGAUCCUCGUUGAUACAGGAGAUAAAGAUGUUAAAGCAUAUCAGGAACACCUGGAGAAAGUGGUCCAGUCAGAACAAAUUAAUAUAGAACAUAUUGUGGUUACACAUUGGCAUCAUGACCAUAUUGGUGGAGUGGAGAAUGUCUAUGGGAGUAUUGCUAAACAACCAAAAGUAUGGAAGUACAAACGUAGCAAAGAUGACAGUGCAGAUAAUCAGUUGCCACCGUCAAUACCGUUGAACUGGUUAUCUGACGGUCAAGAGAUUACCGUUGAAGGAGCCACUGUAAAGGUUCACCAUACACCUGGGCACACUACAGACCAUGUUGUACUUACGUUGCGAGAAGAAAACAUUCUCUUUAGUGGAGAUUGCAUACUUGGAGAAGGGACGGCUGUCUUUGAAGAUUUGUACACAUACAUGAAGAGUUUGCAAAGGAUUUUAGAUUUGAGACCCAGAAUUAUUUAUCCUGGGCAUGGGAACAUUGUCAAUGACCCAGUUAAAAAGAUUGAAUACUACAUAGAACAUAGAAACCAAAGAGAAGAGCAGAUAUUGAAGAAAUUACAAGAGAACCCUGACAAAUCACUUACGGAAAUGGAUUUAGUGAAAGAGAUAUAUACGGAGACUCCACAGCACUUAUGGGCUGCUGCUGCUUACAAUGUCAACCACCACCUGACCAAACUGAGCAAGGAAAACAAAGUCAAAGAAAUCAACGUCGAAGGCGAGAGUCGGUGGCAAUUUAUGAUAAAUUCCAGUCUAUAAAAUAAAACAAUCCAGUUUUCUGCACUUCAUACAUGUAAUUUAUAAAUAAAACAGUGUAAAGAAUAACUAUUUAUA